AUGAAUCAGAUGAAAUGCAACGUGGGGCUGCCUGUUGACGACGAUGAGCCCGAUGUCGGGGAUGCCGCUGGGGAUGGUAGUAAUGACGGACCUAGGUGGGGUCGCGCGGGGUCGGUCGACCCCACCGCAGUAAAUUAUGUAGGUUCUUUGGCCGCAACAGUUGCUGGACUGCAAAACGAAGCUCCUUUGAAACAAUUGAAAGAUGGGCUGACGUCAGUUAAAGAGAACACACAGCUUAGUAAUUUUGAUGUUAAUGAUGAUAAAUCAACUACAAGUAUUACUGUUGUAGGGGCACCUCGGGAUCUUGCUAAGAAGAAGAUAUUUCCUGCUCUUUUUGAACUAUACUAUGAGGAUUGCCUACCUGAGCAUUUCACUAUCUUUGGUUAUGCCCGUAGUAAGAUGACAGAUGCUGAACUAAGAAAUAUGGUUAGCAAGACUCUUACUUGCAGAAUUGAUAAGAGGGAAAAUUGUGGUGAAAAGAUGGAGCAGUUCCUUCAAAGAUGUUUCUACCACUCUGGUCAAUAUGAUUCUCAGGAGAAUUUUGCUGACCUUGAUAAGAUACUAAAGGAGGAGCAUGAGUCUGGUCGGGUUUCAAAUCGGCUAUUUUAUUUAUCUAUCCCACCAAACAUAUUCGUAGAUGCUGUAAAAUGUGCCAGUCUCUCUGCUUCUUCUUCUGCUGGCUGGACUAGGGUCAUUGUUGAAAAACCAUUUGGCCGGGAAUCUGAAUCUUCGGCUGCUUUGACCAAAUCUCUAAAGCAGUACCUGGACGAGGAUCAGAUUUUUAGGAUAGAUCACUACCUAGGAAAGGAGCUAGUGGAGAACCUCUCUGUCCUAUGCUUCACCAAUCUUAUUUUUGAACCCUUAUGGUCAAGACAGUAUAUAAGGAAUGUUCAAUUGAUAUUCUCCGAGGACUUUGGCACUGAAGGAAGGGGAGGCUACUUUGACCACUACGGAAUCAUGAGAGACAUAAUGCAAAAUCAUCUGCUCCAAAUAUUGGCCCUCUUUGCCAUGGAAACACCUGUCAGUUUGGAUGCUGGAGAUAUCAGAAAUGAAAAGGUUAAAGUUUUGCGCUCCAUGAGACCUAUAAGAGUCAAUGAUGUAAUCAUAGAGCAGUAUAAGAGUCACACAAAAGGAGGCGUCUCAUACCCGGGAUUUACAGAUGACAAAACCGUUCCCAAAAAUAGUUUAACCCCAACUUUUGCUGCUGCUGCACUUUUCAUAGAUAAUGCAAGAUGGGAUGGUGUGCCUUUUUUAAUGAAAGCUGGAAAACCUUUACAUGAUAAAAGGGCUGAAAUAAGGGCGCAGUUCAGACAUGUACCUGGUAAUUUAUGCAAUCGAAACUUUGGGACUGAUCUGGACCUAGCAACAAAUGAGCUUGUAAUCCGGGUUCAGCCUGAUAAAGCUAUUUAUUUGAAGAUUAAUAACAAAGUCCCAGAACUAGGGAUGAGAUUGGACCAAAGCAAUCUUAAUCUUCUUUAUAAAGCAAGGUACUCUAGGGAGAUACCUGAUGCGUAUGAGAGACUUCUACUGGAUGCUGUUGAGGGUGAGAGGAGACUCUUCAUCAGGAGUGACGAAUUAGAUGCUGCAUGGGCACUUUUCACCCCUGUAUUGAAGGAUCUCGAAGAAAAGAAAAAGAUUCCCGAGUAUUAUCCUUAUGGAAGUCGAGGACCAGUAGGGGCUCAUUACCUUGCAGCCAGAUACAAUGUUAAGUGGGGUGAUCUUGGGGUUGACGAAUAGCAUCUGAGUCCAAGAAUAUAUAUAUAUAUAUAUGAAAUCUGCACUUUACUAGUCACAGGUUCAUGCAUCUCUCAUUUGCUCGUUUGUUGUUUUGCUGCUUCACAAGAUUGCCGAUUUUUAAUUUUGUUGAGGAGAAAGAAAUGUAGAUUGUAUUAUCUUGUUAUCGACAUGUACACCUAUGUAGGGAAAAACUUGAAUAAACUAUCGUGUAGAAUUCCAGAAACCACAGUUAAUGACAUCAACGUUUUCCGAUUUUA